UUUAGCAACAGAGCUCAUAGAAUAAUAACAAUGAUGGCUGCCUUUUGUUUAUUGUAAUUUUUAUUGAUCGCCGCCCAGCCGAUUUCUCUCCUUUUAAAAUCUUAGAUUGUCACAGUGUACCUGUAUUGAUAAAGUCAAAAUGAGCUGCAGUAGUUCAACUAAUGUGACAAACAUGACUGGUGAGGUAAAAAGGGGGUUUCUCAAACGAUACGGCGGAUUCUUGUUUAAGGGUUGGAAGAAAAAAUUCUUUGUUCUCUACAAGGAUAAUCAGCUUGCAUGGUAUGACGGUCCAGGGGAUUCAUUAGAUGGUGUAAUGAAUAUUCAGACAGAAUGCACCAUGCUUCAAGUAGGUCUGCAGUUGAAGAAGGAAGCCCCAAAGCCAGACAGUGACUGCAGGCUUCAGUACAUGUUUGCCUUGACAGGGAUGGGGAAAACCCAUUACAUACAAGCUGUUAACGAGCAGGAGAUGAUCUCCUGGCUGUCAGUUCUAUACCAGGCCAAAGGACUCCAGCCACCUGGACAACCACCUCCUGGUGCCCAGCCUCCUUACCAACAGCCUGGCGUAGCACCUGGAAUGCCUCAGCCUCCUCCGCCUGGUUUCCAUCCAAGCUUAACAGCACAAGGCGCUCCACCACACUACCCUCCUCCACAACAGGGCUAUCCACCACAGAGAUACCCACAAGCCAGUCACUACCCUCAGCAGCAAAACUACCCCCGACAGAACUACCCUCGCCAGCAAGGUGGUGCAUCUCACCAACCCCAGACUAUUGUUGUCAACAACGAUAGAGGCAGAGGCUCUGAUUCUUUCGCUACUGGUAUGUUGACUGGAUACAUGUUGGGUGGGUAUGGUCAUGGGUAUGGGUACGGGUAUGGAUACGGGUUUGGUGGUUGGGGGCACCAUCACCAUGGUGGAUUUGGCCACCAUGACCAUCAUCAUCAGGAAAUUCACCAAGAGAUUCAUCACCAUGAGGAGAAUAAUUAUUACGGUGAUAGUGGAGGACAAGAAGCGGAUUAUGGAGGGGAAGACUACGGUGGAGACGACUACGGAGGGGAUGAUUAUGGGGGAGAUGAUUUUGGCGGAGAUGACUUUGGAGGAGGGGAUGAUUUUGGGGGUGAUUUUUAGUUUAAACUUUAAAUUAAUGUACAUCAUAAUUAUAAUAUCUUCCCAAACCACCCUCAAGGCAGCCUUUUAAGGCUAAAAACAUUGUGUUGAAUUGAAGAGACAUGUUAACAUAGAGUAGCUACGGAGUGGGGGGUGUGAUAAUUGAGAAUGUGGAACUACAUUCCUAUUCCAAUGAAAAAAUGAUAAUUUUUACUAUUCUAACCCACUUAGUGGAAGUAAUUUGCCGUAAUGUGUGAGUGCAUCAGCAACUUAUCUCCCCCUUCCCAAACAGCCUACACCCAUGUAAGGUAUCCUAAGGUGUAUAGUAAUCAGUACUAAUGAGGUGAUUAGAUACGUACAGGAUGCAGGAGUGCAGUUGCAAUCCUGUAAAGUGACUUCCCCACUACUGGAAAAAUGCCAGGACUAGCUGAGAAAUGAGGAGGUAUGAAGUAACUUUACUGUACACAUGGUAUAGUAUGUGUUUUUUUUGUUUGGGAAAGCUUGGGGCGGGGUUUUAAAAUUUUCCUGUUGGCCUCGCUUUCCCCAAACCCCCCUCCGCCCUACUCACCUGUAGAUGCACUGUUGCAUUGGGUAAAACAUCUAUGAAACACUCAGGUACUUAAUUAGUGAACAAAAAUGACGCCAGCAAAAAUGAUAUACAGGUAAAAACUUGUCCAAGUUUACUUUGCCUAACUCAAAUAAGUCGAUCUCAUUUUACAUGCCAAAUUGUUGCGUUUUCCAUUAAUUAACCAUCUGUAAGUCAAAUUUGGUCUAAGUCGAACAAUUUUCCAAUGCCAUUUUGAUUUGACUUUAGGCAAGUUCAACUGUAGUUAACAAAACUUACUUAAAAUAUACUUAGUUAAAUUUUUAGAACUAUAAUUAGAAAAACAUGUAUUCAUGUCCUCUAUAUAAGCUUACUGAAUAUUAAACAUGCAUUGAAUUUUAAGAUAAAUAUGAGUGGCCUUAUAGUGUGUAGAUUAAUGUGCAAAGAAUGCAGAGUUUGUAGAAACUAGACAGUCAUACAGUAUAAGAUGUAGUUAAAUAAUUCAAGUGGCCGUCUUAAGCUGGACACAAACUGCGCCUGAUGUUCGUUGGCAAAACGAUUUCAAGAGAAUGCAAUGCAACUACGCAUGCACAACAGAUCUUUUUUAAUGACAAUCCGCUCACACUGCCACUGAGAAUCAGCAGAUGACGUCACGUCAUCAAGCGCUCACAGAGACCAAAGAUAGUUUGUCAGUCAAUGGUCGUACAACGCAGUGUCUGUGCUAAGCUGUAGUCUCUAGGACUAUGUGUAAUAGAAACAAGUAGAUGCUUAGAAACUGGCCUGUAAUAAUAAUAUUGAGGCAUGCACUUUCAUAUACCAAGGACUUUUAACAGUUAAAACGUCCUUGCAUAUACAGUACAUAGUGCACAUGUUCAGGUGAAUGAUAUAGUUGUUAAUAAGUAAUAAUUAUUAUGUAGUAUAUAUUAAAUUAUUGUAAAAAACUUCUUGUACAUAAACAUAGAUUCAGUUCACAAUUGAUCAGAUUUAAUUUUAUUCUUUGUAUUGCCUUGUUUUUUAAAGUUUGCAGGUUUUUAUCCCUCCAGAGAUGCUUUUUUUUCAUGCAAAUGAAAUAAAGGAACUUUUCCUUUGACGAGCUAUGCUUGAUACAAUUAUUACAACAUGUUCCUUUUCUAUUAUUACUGUUUACAUAUUUGUAUUUAGAUAUGUAUGCACAAAACAUAUAAAUAAAACCUAUUAGAUAAAUAUGUUAUAACUUUUAUAAUUGUUUUCAUUGUCAUUGUGUGCAUUGUGGUAGUAAGAAACAUUUACAAGUUUCUCUGUUUAUAAUGAUACAGGAAAUAUAGUUUUUGUUAAACUACAAUAUUGUUUUUGAUUUGAUAUAACGUUUAUUCAGAAUUUUGAGCCGAUUAUAUUAUAUUGUUGAUAUGUUUUAAUCUUGUAAUGGGGUGUUCCAUUUACAAGAUUAUAUUUCUUAGACUGCUUAUGUUUUCAGAACUAUCUACGUGGUGUACUGCAAGCAUUUAAUGUUAUUACUUUGGCAUGCAAACCUUUAAACAAUAAAAUUAAAAAUUUGAUAAAUAAUAAAUCAAGAAUAAUAAGUAAGAAUAACAAAGUUUUAUAGCUAUAUUAGACUAUUGUCCGAAUCGGGGAUAAAACUGAUGACUUUCGUUAAAAGCUUCGCCGCUGUGUUUCAGAAAGUAAUGCGUUGGCAUAGUAGGAGAAUAAAGCUUGCUUUCCUUCAUAUUGCUACAUUGUCGCUAAAGUCUUUUAGUAAAAUCAUUGCAAUGCGCAACAGCCUCAACGCAAUCGGGUAGGCUAUAUCUUAAACAUUUUAUAAUAGUCUCUCAAUGCUGACUGGUGUUUGUAUGGUAUUUGUGGUAUUGUCUAGUAUUUAGUAUUAUAACUUUAUUUGAUGUUUUAAGGACUUUCAUUUAAAUAGUUCCUUUCGACUAAAACACAACAAUGUAUAACCCAUUUGGAAUGGUUUAUAGCUUAUUUACCCAAACAUGUGCAGUAGACUAAUUUCACUACUAAUUUAUUCAUUUUAAUCACCUGCUUUAAUUUGAUUAAAAGAGAACUAGCAAAAUGA